CACUCUUCCAGUUCAUCCACAGACACCAAUCCAUGAUGCCUGUUAUUCCGAUGCCGCAAGCAGCGAGCCACGGCACCAACCACGUGCCUCCGUGCGGGGCAGCAAGAAUUUCCCGAUGAUUCACACUUCGCUUCCCCUCAACGCCUGCUUUGCUCCUCCUUCUGGGGAUCUUUGUUUUUUCUUCUCUCUUGUCUGUCUUCCAAUCAGCCGAGAUUGGUUCCUAACCCUCCCCAACCAUCCUCAUCCCCCCUUGUCAUCAUGGCCACGCCCCUCCUGGUCUCGUUCGACCCCUCCAGCCCCUCCGAUGCCGGCCUCGCUCUCGAUCAGAUCGCCUACUUCGGUCGCGUCUUGAUCAAGGUCUCCAGUCUCGCUCAGGCCGAGCAAUUCCUGCGCGCCAACUUCCGUCUCCUCGAUGUGUACGUCGAUGCGACCGCCAUUGCCUCCUCCGGUGACCUCGUUGACGUCCUGAACGCCGGUGCCGCCAAGAUCUUCAUCACCCUCGAGCAAUUGACCGCCCUCUCGCAAGAACAAACCGUCCCCUCGUCACGCGUUGUCGUAUACGGCUCAUCCGAUAUCCAAAUAGAUGCCUUCCAAUCAUGGGUGGCCGAGAAUGCCGAGCGCAAGGAAGCCGGUCUAGCCACCGAGUCGGCCGCCGUCAAGGCCCUCGCUGACAAGCUGGGAAUGAACCUCGAGGCUCAGAACCUCUACCGGACGUACUCCGGUUCGGUCUCGGAAGAGACCCUGAAGGAUACCCUGACCCAGGGUGCCGUCAACGUUGUGUCUGCCGAUGCCUUGACUUUCGACCGCAACCAGGCCGAUGGCAAGAUUGUGGCCGCUUCUCUCAUCGCGGCGCGUGCGGUGGCCGACCAGAGCAAUGGUCUUUAUGCCACCACGGUGACCGACGAGCGUGGCACCUGCUUGGGUCUGGUUUGGAGCAGUGACGAGAGUAUCUCCGAGGCCCUGCGCACCGGCACCGGUGUCUAUCAGAGCCGAAAGCGGGGUCUGUGGUACAAGGGUCAGUCGAGCGGAGAUGUGCAGGAGCUGCUCCGGGUGGGUUUCGAUUGCGACAGCGACUGCUUGGUGUUCACCGUUAAGCAGAUCGGUCGGGGUUUCUGCCAUCUGGGAACCGCCAGCUGCUUCGGCCCGUACAACGGUCUCUCGCGCCUGCAGAAGACUCUGCAAGAACGCAAGGCAGAUGCACCUGCGGGCUCCUAUACUGCCCGACUUUUCAACGAGCCCAAGCUCACCCAAGCCAAGAUCAUGGAGGAAGCCGACGAGCUGUGCCGCGCCAACACCAAGGAAGAAAUUGCCUUCGAAGCUGCCGAUCUUCUCUACUUUGCUCUGACGCGCUGCGUUGCUGCCGGUGUCAGCUUGGAGGAUGUCGAGAGAAACCUCGACCUCAAGAGCCUCAAGGUGAAGAGAAGAAAGGGAGAUGCUAAGGGACCCUGGGCGGAGAAGGCUGGCGUUGCCCCGGCUGCCCCGGCUGCCCCGGCCCCAGAGAGCCAGCAGCCUCCCGCAAAGACGGAGGAAAGUCGAAUUGAAAUGACGCGGGUUGUGACCGCCUCGACGUCGGUUGAAGUGGUCCAGGACCACCUCAAGCGGCCGUCCCAGAAGUCCAACGAUGCCAUCGUUGGUCUGGUUCGCCCCAUCAUCCAAGAUGUCCGCGAGAACGGCGACGCCGGUGUGUUGAAGUACACCCACAAGUUCGAGAAGGCGACUUCUCUGACCUCCCCGGUCAUCCACGCUCCUUACCCCGCCGAAUUGAUGAAGCUGUCUCCGGAAACCCAGGACGCUAUUGAUGUUAGCAUUUCCAACAUUGCUAAGUUCCACGGAGCUCAGAAGAGCAGCAACGACGCUCUCCAUAUGGAGACCAUGCCUGGCGUUGUCUGCUCUCGCUUCUCGCGACCCAUCGAGCGGGUCGGUCUUUACGUCCCCGGUGGUACUGCCGUGCUGCCUUCGACCGCGAUGAUGCUGGGUGUCCCCGCCAUGGUGGCCGGCUGCAAGAAGAUCGUCCUUGCCUCGCCGCCCCGUGCCGACGGCAGCAUCUCCCCCGAGAUCGUGUACGUGGCGCACAAGGUGGGAGCCGAGAGCAUCGUGCUAGCGGGUGGUGCCCAGGCCGUGGCCGCCAUGGCUUACGGUACCGAAAGCAUCAGCAAGGUGGACAAGAUCCUGGGUCCUGGCAACCAGUUCGUAACGGCCGCCAAGAUGCUGGUGUCCAACGAUACCUCGGCCGGUGUCAGCAUCGACAUGCCGGCCGGUCCCAGUGAGGUUCUGGUGGUGGCCGACGAGCAGGCCAACCCGGCAUUCGUGGCCUCGGAUCUCCUGAGUCAGGCCGAGCACGGUGUCGACUCGCAGGUCAUUCUCAUCGCCAUCAACCUCAACGAGCAGCAGCUCCAGGCCAUCGAAGACGAGGUCGACAAGCAGGCUCGGGCCCUGCCUCGUAUGGAUAUCGUCAAGGGAUCUCUGGAGCACUCGGUUACGUUUGUGGUCCGUGAUCUCAACGAAGCGAUGGCUCUCAGCAAUGACUACGCUCCUGAGCAUCUGAUCUUGCAGAUUCAAAACGCCGAGGCCGCGGUGGAGCAGGUGCAGAACGCGGGCAGUGUCUUCAUCGGCCAGUGGACCCCCGAGAGUGUGGGCGAUUACUCGGCUGGUGUGAACCACUCUUUGCCAACCUACGGCUACGCUAAGCAAUACUCCGGAGUGAACCUGGGAUCAUUCCUGAAGCACAUCACCAGCUCCAACCUGACGGCAGACGGCCUGCUGGGACUGUCUCGCACCGUCGAGCAAUUGGCCGGUGUGGAAGGACUGGAGGCGCACAAGCGGGCUGUCAGCAUCCGCGUGGCGCACAUGAAGCAGCAGUAAUUUCCGAUUUGUAUAUGCGAGCAUGUUUUUAAUAUGACGACCUAGAUGGAUAUAUGGGUUCUUUCCGAGAGUUUACGACUGAUAGAUGAGUAGCAAUCAAAAGUCCAG